AUGCCCGUCACACCGCGCCGCUCAACGCGCCAAACAGCAAUAUUCACCCCUCUCAGCGCGGUCAAACAGGGGCCUGCGCGAUACGAAUGGACCUCGGCCCAGACAACCGAUGGUGGGAGACACGGCCCCAACACCGAUGGUGGGAGACACUACACGUCGUUCGAACGGACCCGCGGCGGGGGUCGUAAAGCGGACGAGGCGCGCUUCGCCAUCGGCGACGGCGUUAGAGUCGCCCUCGAAGGUGGGGCGGAGGGGAUUGGAAUGCUUGUGGAUAUGUGGGAGGAGGACGUUCCCGAAGACGAGCGUGAAGAGGACCAAGAGGAAGACACAAGAAAGAUGGCACGCGUACAUUGGUUCUUUCGACGGAGCGACUUGCCCAGCGUGAUGCGCGAUCUGACUCUUGAGGAUAACGAAGUCCUCCUCGCCGCGUCCCCCACCCGCCCCGUAACCUCCGCCCUCCCCCUCCCUCUCCUUUCCAAGACGGUCCCGAUCUACUCGCGCACCAUCUUCAAAGAACAGUUUCCCGACGAAACCCGCAAAACCAAGUGGAAGGGAUACGCGUGGGAGAAGCCAGAUGGGGUGUACUGGUGCGCGCGGGCGUAUGACAAGGGCGCGCGGGGUGGACGAGUGUGGCACGUCGACGUGGAUGUCUGGAAGAGCCGUGGGCGAGCUGGGGAGGGGUGGAGUGUUCCUAUGGCUGAGGAGGAGGAGGAGGAAGAGGAAGCCGAGGAAGAAGAGAGCGACGAGGAGGGGAGCGAGGGGAGUGAGCUGGAAGGGAGUGAGGGGGAGGAGGAGGAAGAAGAAGAAGAAGAGGAGGAGACGCGGGGAAAGAAGCGCAAGGCUGCGCCCGCGCGGGGACGACCAAAGAAGGUCACCAAGACCAAGACUAAAACCACACGGAAGGCCAAGACCAAGCCCAAGGCCGCCACGAAGGCAAAGCCCAAGGCCCACCCCAAGGCCUCGGCGUCGCGUCUCCCCCACGCCGUCAAGAUCGACACACUCCCGACUGAUCCAUAUGAGCGCGCUCUGCGGUUGUUGCAUGUCGGUGCGACGCCAGAGUCCCUCCCCUGUCGCGAGGAGGAGUUUGUCGAUGUCCUCCAACGCGUCGAGGAGGGCGUUGAGAGUGGCGGCGGCGGGUGUUUGUACAUCGCUGGCGUUCCGGGAACAGGCAAAACCGCCACCGUCCACGCCGUUGUCAAGGAGCUGAAGCGGCGGGCCGAGGAUGGCGAAAUCGCGCCGUUCUCAUACGUCGAGAUCAACGGCCUCAAGAUCCCCAGUCCUGCACACGCGUACUCUGUCCUCUGGGAGGAGAUUAGUGGGCAGCGAGGGACGAGUGCCAAGACGGCGCUGCGCGGACUUGAGGCGCACUUUGGGCGUAAGAGCGGCGUGCGAGGUCCUAGAUCGAACACUUACGUUGUGCUGAUGGACGAGCUCGACCAGCUUCUCACAGCCAAACAAGACGUCGUAUACAAUUUCUUCAACUGGCCGACAAUGCGCGACUCGCAGCUCUUCGUAAUCGCUAUCGCCAACCGGAUGGACCUGCCCCAACACCUCGCAGCCAAGAUUAAAUCGCGGUUGGGCCUCCAAACCCUCCUCUUCCAGCCAUACGACCGCGCGGCCCUCAUCGAGAUUGUGCAAUCGCGCCUGGUGUCACACCCAAAAUCAACACUUGAUCACAAGGUGCUGGCGCCAGACGCAAUCGCCCUCGCGGCAACCAAGAUGGCCGGCACGAACGGCGACGCACGCCGCGUCCUCGAUGCCUGCCGCCGGGCUGUGGAAGUCGCCAUGUCCAACAGCAAGGGAGUGGUUGGCGCACGAGACAUGGCCGGAGUGCUCAAUGCCAUGAGCUCAAGCCCGGUCGCGCUGUUCAUCAAAGCCUGCGCACCACAGCAGAAGAUGAUGCUUGCGGCCAUGGUGCGGUGCAUUCGCCGCGAAGGCGUGCCCGAGAUCGCUUGGCGCGCCCUCAGGACCGACCAUGACGCGCUCAUCCGCGCGUUAUCCGAGUCGACCGAGUUGCUGUCAGAUGCCGAACUUGCCUUGGUGCGCGGGAGCCUGCUUGCAACCCAUGCGCUCACGGCCUCACCUGACCUGUAUAAGGGAGGCGACGAACGGCGCGUCGCUCUCGGCAUGGAGAUUGGCGAGGUGGGCCGCGUGCUCAUGAACGAGGGGGAUGCGUGGCGGCGGGCUCUGGCAGGAACUUAG